AUGGACUGCAAAUCUGUUGCUAUCACUUUGGUUCUUUGCUUGGUCUCAGUGGCAGGGUCAGAAGGUAAGGCCCUGGAGAAGACAGGUGAAAGAGGAUCCCAAUGCCAGUGCAUAAGUACUCAUUCCAAGUUCAUCCCUCCCAAGACUGUUCAGGAUGUAAGAAUACGCCAAAGAGGACCUCAUUGCAAAAAUGUGGAAAUCAUAGCUACGCUGAAAGAUGGCAGGGAAGUGUGUGUGGAACCCACUGCACCCUSGAUCAGGCUCACUCUAAAGGCUCUGCUGGCCAGGGCCAGGGACAACGUUGAGUCAUCAGUCAAAGAAAUGCCAAGGAAAAAUAAACCUUGGAUUUCUGCAAGCAUAUGA